AUGGGAUCACUUGCUUCUGCGGGAGGGGCUCGUUCUCGUCGGUCAUUCAAUGGGUGCUAUGCCCCCUUGGAUGCUGUCGAAAGUCCGCGGCCUGCCGAGAUGAAGGCUCAGCAGCAGGUUGCUUACGAGUCAGAAGAAUCUGUACGCUGGACGGUCGAUAAUGUCUUGGCAAACACUGCGAACUUGACUGCGCUUGAUAUCGACAUGAUUGUCCGUGACAGCUUAGCCGGGAACCCUUUGGCGAAGAAAGCUUGGCCUUUGUACGGGAUGCAAGAAGACGUUUCUGAGUCCGCGCGGAAGAUUUCGACCUCCAAGGUAUCUAUUGGGGUCCGUGUAGUCGUUGGCAAUGAAGAUGUCGUGGAGCCCAUGGAUAGGGUUCAAUCCAAGGUCGUCUCAUUCCUACGAGAGAAUGUUCGAGGUUUCUAUGGCCGUUGCGAAGGACGCGAAGCACCUUCUGCCGCUUGA